AUGCAGGUUCUCGGUUGGACCACAGUUCUCCUGUGCCAGUGGAUCCUACGGAAGGUCCAGGGGUUGGAGAAGCAGGUGGAGUUCUCACAACUGGGCCCAGCGGGGUCGGUGAUGAAGACUCUUCCGUAUGGCAUGGGUGGAGGCUCGGUUGGAGGAACAACAGGGGGAGUGGUUAAGCCUCCAUACCAAACACGUACCUUCUCCACCUCCAUUGACCAGACACCCAUGAAGUCCAAGCCCCCCACCUACAGUUUCUUUAACCCAUACGACUCGGCCCGGAACCAGUCCCUGCUCCUGGACCAGACAGGAUACCGCUCUAAGCGCAAGCCCUCUCUAAAGACAGCCAUGAAGACCAAGAAGAUCUUCGGCUGGGGAGACUUCUACUUCAACGUCAAGACCAUGAAGUUCAGCUUGUUGGUGACAGGGAAGAUUGUGGACCACAUCAAUGGGACAUUCACCGUUUACUUCCGCCACAACUCGUCCAGCCUGGGGAACGUGUCGGUCAGUAUCGUGCCACCGACCAAAGUGGUGGAGUUUGAGGUGCUCCAGCAUCUGCACCCCUACACCCAUCCGGACGUCCAGAUCCAGGAGACCAAGCAGUCCACCGUCAACCCGAAAGAGACAAAGACCUUUAACUGUCGGGUGGAGUACGAGAAAACCAACAGAUCCAAGAAGCCCAAACCCUGCCUGUACGACCCGUCUCAGACCUGCUUCACGGAGCACACCCAGUCCCACGCUGCCUGGCUCUGUGCCAAACCCUUCAAGGUGAUCUGCAUCUUCAUCUCCUUCUUCAGCAUCGAUUACAAGCUGGUUCAAAAAGUGUGUCCGGACUACAACUUCCAAAGUGAGCACCCUUACUUAGGAUAA